UUUCUCCCUGGCUCUCUUUUCCUUUGGUUUUCCUCCCCAUCUGCCACCAUGGGCCCCACUCGCUGGGGGAUCUGCUCUGCUGGGAAAAUCAGCCACGAUUUUCUUGUGGCCCUGAAAACCUUGCCACCGGAGGACCACAAGGUGGUGGCCAUUGCUUCUCGAGAGCUCAGCCGGGCUCAGGAAUAUGCCAAGAAUCACAGCAUCCCCAAGGCAUAUGGUUCCUAUGAGGAACUGGCUCAGGAUCCAGAUGUUGAUGUGGUAUAUGUGGGAGUGAUACAUCCCUAUCAUCUCCCAGCCAGCCUCCUAUUCAUCCAGGCUGGGAAAAAUGUGCUUUGUGAGAAACCACUGGGCAUGAAUGCUGCUGAGGUCAAGGCAAUGGUGCAGGCAGCUCGGGAAAAGAACGUCUUCUUUAUGGAGGCUUGCUGGACCCGCUUUUUCCCGGCUUCGGAGAAGAUCCGUUCCCUGCUGAAGCAAAGCGUGGUGGGGGACGUGGUAGUAUUACAUGUCGAUUUUGGUUUAGCUAUGCUCUCAGUCCCCAGAUGUGUGAAAAAGGAGCUUGGGGGUGGUGCCUUGCUAGAUAUCGGCAUCUACUGUGUUCAGUUGGCCUGUAUGGUCUUCAAUGGGGAGAAACCACAAUCCAUUGUGGCCACAGGAUUCUUGCACGACACAGGAGUAGACAAAAUGGCAUCAAUCAUCCUGAACUAUUCAGGCCAACGACAGGCUGUCCUCACCUGCAAUAUGGCGAACGAACUGCCGAAUCGAGCAACCAUUAGUGGGACCAAUGGAUUAAUUGAAAUUCCAGGUUAUUUCUGGUGCCCACAGAAGUUGGUCAUCAAUGGGCAGAAGGAAGAGUUCCCCCUUCCUGCUCCAUCCCAAAAACUGAACUUUCCUAGCGGCACAGGUCUACGAUAUGAGGCAGAGCAUGUCAGGCAAUGUCUUCUGAAAGGCUUGAAGGAGAGCCCUGUCAUGUCUCACGCAGACAGUGAGCUUAUUCAUUCCAUUCUGGAUGAAGCCCGCAGGCAGCUGGGAGUAUCCUAUCCUCAGGACCGUGCCUGACCCAUACUGUAGUUUGCUCUCUAUGUAUAUGAGAGAAGAAACAUUACUGUUAUCCCUAGAUAAUUCCCAAUACUGUGAACAUAGGGGUCAACCAGUCAAGUUGCAAGAGUUGGUUAAACAGUUUGGAAUUUGCAGAUAAGUUCCAAGAAGCUUGCUGUUUGUUAUAUACUGUAUUUCUUCAAUUCUAAGCCACAUUUCCACCAUAUAAACAUCUCAAAAGCAGGGUGUGACUUAGCAUUAAAAGUGAGAUAGAAAGAAAGCUUUUUCUUCUAUUAGUGGUACUGAAAUUAGUAUGCGUUUUACAAUUGAUGGGAAUUCAGAAUUGAAGAAAUAUAGAAAUUUCCACCGCCGGACAGCAAACUGUAAAAUAAAGCUAACAUUGCCUUCAUCUCACAA